GGGCAGGGAGGGAUGGGCAGGCUGUAGACAUUGAGACACCGUACAGCGGGGAGUACACCGAGGGUCUGCCACCGAGUCCCUGCCAGCUCCUGCCCAGACUUGGCGGAAAUUUCUAUCAACACUAAGUGGUUAAGGAAUACCUUUCAGGAUGCCCCUGGGAGAGGAUGGGCCAAGUUGGAAGAAGAGAGCAGAAGACAUAAGAGAUAUUUAUGAUUUCCGGGAUGUGUUGGGAACUGGUGCAUUUUCGGAGGUGGUCCUGGCAGAGGAGAAGAAGACCCAAAAACUGGUAGCAAUAAAAUGCAUCCCCAAGAAAGCUUUGGAGGGGAAGGAGACGAGUAUCGAGAACGAGAUAGCAGUGCUGAGAAAGAUCAAACAUACAAACAUCGUGUCUUUGGAAGAUAUAUACGAAAGCCGCAGUCACCUGUACCUUAUCAUGCAGCUGGUGUCUGGGGGGGAGCUUUUUGACAGGAUUGUGGAAAAAGGUUUCUACACAGAGAAAGAUGCCAGCCAACUCAUCAAGCAGAUCCUGGACGCUGUAAAAUACCUCCACGAUAUGGGCAUCGUACAUCGGGAUUUAAAGCCAGAGAACCUGUUAUACUACAGCCUGGAUGAAGAUUCUAAGAUCAUGAUCAGCGAUUUUGGGCUCUCAAAAAUUGAAGGUUCUGGAAGUGUCAUGUCAACCGCUUGUGGGACACCGGGAUAUGUUGCUCCAGAAGUUUUGGCCCAGAAGCCAUACAGUAAAGCUGUGGACUGCUGGUCAAUUGGAGUCAUCGCGUACAUUUUGCUGUGUGGUUAUCCCCCAUUUUAUGAUGAAAAUGAUGCCAAACUCUUCGAGCAGAUCUUGAAAGCUGAAUAUGAGUUUGAUUCUCCAUAUUGGGACGACAUUUCAGACUCUGCAAAAGAUUUUAUUCAGCAUUUAAUGGAAAAGGAUCCUAAUAAGCGGUACACAUGUGACCAAGCCCUGCAGCAUCCAUGGAUUGCUGGAGACACCGCCCUGGAUAAGAAUAUUCACGAAUCAGUCAGCGAGCAAAUCCGAAAGAAUUUUGCCAAAAGCCGGUGGAAGCAAGCCUUUAAUGCCACAGCCGUAGUACGUCAUAUGCGCAAACUUCAGCUGGGGACCAGUCAGGAAGGACCGGGGCAGACCACUCCCACCAGUCCAUGCCAUGGGAACUUAUUGGUGCCUGGAGACAAUCACGGUUCCCUUUCAGACAACUGUCAAGACCGCUGUUCCCAGAAGACUCCAGAGAACAACUCUUUGGCCUACAGCACCCACCACUGCCCUCAGUCGAAUCGGGUCUAAGGUUGACAGUGUGGGAUAGGAUGUCACUGGAAAUUAAAAAAAAUUAAAAAAAGCAGCCAAAUAAAGCGUUACCCUGGCUGGCCGACUGCAAAGGGCAGAUCUUCAAGCAAGGACAGACCUUACCUAUCAAAUAACGGGGGGGUGGGACUUGGGUAGAGAAAGAGAGGGUACUGAAAGAAAGGGGAAGUGCAGGCCUUACUAUAUGCUUGUAAGUAUGUAUGAUGAAAGAUGCAUUGGCCUGAUGGAAAGACAGAAAAGUUUACAGAUAGUCCAAGGACGUCCUUCUUGGUAAAAUUUUUGUAAAAUGUUGUCUGCACAUUGUAUGUAGGGGGAGGGAGUAUGUAAAUUUUAAUGUCAAAGACUCUUUGCUGCUGUGUUACUUAGCUUCCAGUGAAAACUCUUCGUUGCUAGUUGGAAGAGCUUGAGGUCAUGAAAUAUUGUUGGGAAAGACCCCUUGCUGGACACCACAGAGUCUCCAUAGUGGUUGAACCUUAGGAUUAAAGUCAUCAUGUCCAGCCAUAGUGGGGAGAGGGCUUGUUAUUGGUGGAUGUUCUUGUUCUUCCAGGCCUUGAGCAGAUUCUCAGCUUAUUCUUGGUGCGAUGCAUUGUAUACAUGAAGAGAUAGUGUAAUAACACACAGCAUUCCAUAUAACACAAAUAAGCACCCUAUACUCCUCGCAAAGCAUCCUGGCUUUGCUAAUUUUGUUUUUUGGUGAGAAAAUGCUAAAUGUUCUCUAUAGGUUGUUGAAUUUUUUUUAAGGACACAUCUGCUAGGCCAAGCAGUAUUAAAACCUGACACGGGUAGUUAUUACUGGACAAGAUACUGGAUUUGUGAAUGUAUUUAACUGCAGGUCAUUGUAAUUAACCUCUACAGACCCCCCCUCCCCAGGGGCAUUUAAUACCACAGUCUGUUGUGGACCAGUAAAACAGUCUGGUGCUAACAUAUGCCUACCAGAUUAACCAAUAUUAUACUGCUAGGUGGAACUCCAGGCUUAGUGUAUGUGUGCCAUUACCUGAUAAUAUGUUUCUUAUUGGUGGUUUAGUUCCUGUAGUAUAAAAUAAUUCAGUUUUUCUGUUAUUGAAAAUCAUCAAUCAGUUGGUGAUGGGCUUGUGCCUAUGUAUAGCAGCCAGUCAGAUUAGGCAGAGCUGCUGUGUAAAACAUGGAGGUGGGACAGAGCCUGUGAUAAAACAGUAGGUGGAUUGUAGACUACCUCAGACUCCACAGUUAAGCUAAGUUCUAACUGGGCUAAGCUUAAAGAAAACACAGCCAACACUGCUGGCCAUAGAUAACAGGCAAGCAUUACCCAAAGGUGGUGACUUACUGAAUUUUUAAGCCCACGCCUGGUGAUGGUGCUCUCUUUAAUCAUAUAAACUAUAUUUAUACAAAGAUUCCUUUUAAACUUUGUACUUCUGCCUAUAUCAGAUGUGUAGCAUGCUUUCCCCUUACUAAGCCCAUAAGAUUGAUAACAUAAGGGUGCAUAUAUUUACUGACAGUGGUUUUAAUAUUGUGGUAAAAUUAAUAUUUUAUUCUGUCUCUUUAAAUUGAAUUACUGACUGUCUCCAAUACCAUGAAAUUAAGAUAGAAACAACAAUGGUUUAUAGUCACACAAAUCUCGAAAUAUUAGAAUGUUCGUUAGGCCAGUAUUUCCUAAACAGGGAGCCUCCUUUUGUUGCAAAACUACCAUUCUCAAUAUACCAGGACAGUCAACGGCUUUUUGGGCAUGCUGGGAGUUAUAGUUUGCAACAGCUGGAGUCUCCCUAUUUGGGAGACACUCAGGCAGUAUCUAACUUGGCCAAUGGUACAGUGUAAUGUUAAGGUUGUGGGUCACAGUGAGAUGCUAUGUGCCAGCCCUGCAUUCUGAUUUACAGUCAAAGCCUUAACAUAAAUGUCCAUCUUUGAACACCAAACUAUGUGCUGGAUACUUUCUUAGUAAACCUUUGUAGCGAUCAGAGCUUUGUUUUUCCUGAUACAGAACUCUAAAUCCCCUGCAUAUAAAUGAUAGACUUCUGUCUGCCUGCAGUCACCUCUAAAGGAUUUUGGAUAGAUGUUAGACUAUAAAAGUAAACUCUACCUUUCCUGGAGCUGAUGGUAGUUGCCAAAUUUCUAAAAUUGCCUUUUUAUUUCUCAGCCAAGUGUCAAGGAGGCAGAGUCAAGCUGCUUAAGUGCCACAUCCAGGCACACCUUCUCCCCCCUCCUUCCGCCCAACCUCCCAUCCCCCUCCUUGCACUGUAUUCCUUUAUACCAUAACAGCUAUACAACUGUGUCUGCAGCGGCAAUUAGAUCUGAAAGAUUCCCUUAAAACCCUGUCUUGGCAAGGGAUUUGGAGCUCUGACCUCUAUAAAAAUAUAUAAUAGCAUGGUGUGAAAGGUUGGGCAGAGAGAUUAAACUUCUGUCAAUUUUGGCAAGAUCUGUCUAAUGGCAAUUUGAUGACACCUCUUCUAUGGGUUAUUAUAGGCUAGAUUAAAGGGAAACUCGGGGGCUUUUAAUCUUAUCCUCAGGAUUGGGGAUAAGUGUCUGAUCGCAGGGGUCUGACCGCUGGGACUCCCUACGAUCUCCUGCCCUGUGUAUUGUCUAUCCUCAUGCACGGAGCAACCACCACUCUGCGCACAGGGCGUUGGCGAACACCUCCCGGAGUACAGCACUUAUGUACCUCUGUCUCUCCCAUAGACAGACAUACAAGGAGAGCCGGUGUUCUAAAUACAAAUCUCCAGAACACGGUGGUGCUGAGCAGGAGAUCGCAGGGGGUCCCAGUGGUCAGACCCCCUGUUAUCAAACACUUAUCCCCUAUCCUUUGCAUAGGGGAAUAGAUUAAAAGUGUUGGAGAUCCAUUUUAACCUAUAGUUUUCUAUGGAGAUAAGCGGCAUUAACAUUGACCUCCCCCAUUUCCCUCUUCCCAUUGAAAUGGCAUGCACUCUAGUGAGCCUAACAGUGGUGGCCAGUGUCAUUGAUAAGAUACCUCCCCUUGUUUCACCAAUAUUUUUAUGUUUUUUAGGCAUUGUUACAGCAUUCCAUGCUUUGGUAAAGAUUGAUAACUGCACAGAUGAAGGGUUAUAUCUAUGGUGGCCUCUGCACAUGUUCCCCUGUCUCCACUGUGCAGGGUGUAUCAGAGAAACCAUGUGUGUUGAUGGAAUUCACAUUCAUUGUUUGAACCUGUUUAGGGUGUAUAUUCAUUACUGAAAUAUGUUUCAUUAUUGCAAGUUCUUUCUAGAUUUCUUUCACAGCCAACAGGGAUUUUUUUUUGUUUUUUGGCAGCUCAUCCUUACAUAGGACUUCUUGCUGUAUCAGAUGCAAAAAAAAAAAACAUGCAAGUAUGUUGCAAAUCCCACCACUAGUAGCACGUGAGCUGUGUCUCUCUGGUUUAACUCCUCAAUCUCUGUUUGGCACCGGAUCUUUAAAUGAGAACCGAAUGACAAGUAGCCAAGCAGAUCAUGGCAGUGAUGACAUCGGCAGGAGAGGAAUGUUCUGGCUUUGUGGGGGAAAGUGACCUGUUAACUCUUACGAUGAUGUUAGUGAAGAGCAGGGAGAUGUUACAUGAUGGGAGGAAAUCAAUGGAAUGGAGACAAGUGGAAGGACUGGAAUUUGUUGAAGGCAAUGACCACUCUAGUGAGGAUGGACAGAUCUGAUCUUUGUCAACCAAAAUAAUGGUUGACAAAGACUAUUUGUAGAAGGAGUCAGUCCUCAGUAGUACAGAGUAUUCAAGAAGUAUGUGUACUUACUUGACGGAUAUUGGAACAGGCAUGGGUGUUCAGAAGUGUCCUGGUGAUGUUAGACAGGACCCCGUCCUACAUGUAAUCUUGAUGUGGGGGAGGGAAAUGACAGACAGAUAACAGAAUACUGAUGUCAUGUAUCCUAAACAAAUUUUUAACUCAUAGUGCGCAUAAAACUCUACGUAUACUGUAUUAUAAAGGUCUAUGUAAAUAUAACAUGUCAUAUACUUAGCAUUAUCAUGUUUUUUAUUAUACUUAUCUAGUAAAAAAAAAAAAUCAGAAUAUAUUAUACCUUAUGAAUUUAGUAAUGUGAUUUUGAUUGAUUAUUUUGUUCCUUUUUGACCCUUUACCCUACCCAGACCUGGUAUUCUAUGAUGACCUCCUCCCUGUUCUUCCUUAAUCUAAAUCUCAGGGUUCUAUUGUCCAGUAGUUUUGCCAGGUCUAAAUCACUGUUCCCCAGCCAGUGGCUCUUAUUGCUAUUUGCAUGAUACCCUGACUAGAGUCAGCUGCAUUCUGGGCAUUUUGGGAGUUGUAGUUAGGCAAACAAUUGGGGAUUGUAGGUCUGGGAACAUGGGUCUAGAUACUCAAAUAUCUGCCCUCUCAAAAAUCAAAUCAAAGGACCUGGCAGAUGGAGAAAUCCAUGGGCUGCCAUCUUUGCACAGAGCAAUUGAUAGACCAAUAAUGGAUCUCAGUCUGAAGCUAGUGCUAAGAGUAAUAACAUUUUAUUCCAUUGAACACUUUAGGUCAGUAGUCAACCGGUUGAGUGCACCAUCAUACUGGGGACAUCACCAGAUACUUCCAGAAGUCCCCACAGUUCUGAUACCUUACCAGUUAGUAUCACAAAAAAUGGUCCUCAAAAAUCUUGGUGAUAUCUCCACUUCCGAUCUGUCUUCUAGAAUUAAAGGCCAUGAAAAGAAAAGAUGAAAAUGGGGCAAGAGCAUGACCACGACCACCAGUAAAAUGUGUACUUAAUUUAAAGUGUACCUGUCUUUUUUAUAAAAAAUUUUAAUAAAAAAUACUUUUGAUCUGUCCUAGGAAAAUCCAAAUGUGUAAACAGUAUACGUCCAGCAUCCACUUUGUGAAUUCACAUUUGUUCCAGCAAAGACCUUGUCAAGCUUGACAAAGACCUAAAAAAAAAAUCCACAACAAUUCAACAAGUUCGGGUUGGAAACCUUUAUAAAUACGUGGGAAAGCUCCGAAAUGUCGGGUUACGCCCCUUUUUCGGGUUUGGGAGAAUCCACAUCGGGUCCGUCGGGAAGAAAUGUUGCAUCGUAUCGCAGACUGGCGCACGAUGUCUGCGACAUGGCGCACACAAAGAUGCGCCAAAAAAAAAAACCAACAAAACAAGUCGGGUUUCCAAUAGUAAAUGAGGGCCAAUAUGUUUACAUAUUUGGAAGUUUGGUGGGAAUUUGUCCACCUAGUCAGUCCAUGCAUCUAACAUGGCUGAGUGAAGUGGUGCGGUCUCGUUCAAGCUUUUUUUUAUUGGUCGGGGUCUGAGUGUUCAAACUUAUCUGAAGAAAUAGUGGGAAGAGAACCAUGUGGUCCCACAUUUCUCUUCCUGCUCUGUCUGUGUGAGCAGGACAGUCCCAUAGACUUGCAGUACAUUAUGGAUCCAUCCUGGUCACAUGACACAGCUUGGAGAGACUCCUAAAAAUCUUUAGUUUUAUCUCUGACUUAUGAAAUUUUUUUAAUGAUUGGUACACUUUAAAUUUCUAGUCUACAAUAUUCAAGUUAUUGUUCUUUGCUUUUUACAUGGGGUCAUCAGGGUCACAUUAUGACAAGAGUCAUUAUCUUGACAAGAGUUAGACAAACAAGGCUAACUUCUUCCAAAACAGUGCCAUUCCUGUCUCACAGGUUGUGUCUGGUAUUGCAGCUCAGCUCUAAAUAAGUAAAUUGGGCUGAGCCGCAACACCACACACAAUCUGUACACAGGGGGAAUGCUGUUUCUAAAAGAAAGUAACCAUUGCUUUUCUAAUCCCUGAGAACCUAUUUAAAUAAUAUUUGGAAUACAUGGAAGGGUAGGGGAAGACACUGGUCACAUGAAAUGUUACUCAAGAUCGCUCUGUAUGUCUGGCUUUUCAGUCAGUUCUAACCUGAGAAGCUACUACUGUAAGUUGUUUUGCCUGUUUUACACAGUUUUAUGUUAAAGCAUGUGCAAUGAGGAUUUUUCAAGAAAAGCAAAGUGUAUUAAAAUUUUUAAAAAAAUGUAUAUUUUAUUGCUCGUUUUGUACUAACCCUGUUGCUGCAAAACAGAAUUUCGCAGUGCGUUGUGUUGUAGGCCACUGCUAGCAGCAAAGAGUUAAAAGGGAGUUUUCAUUGCUGAUACUUCUGUUUUAGACUUUGCGUUCUUUGUAUAUGUACAUAUAUGUAUAAAUGAUGUUUUUCUGGACUA